AUGACCACCUGGAUGACAGCCUCAUCCCCGCCCACCUGGCCCUACAGGGCUGUUGGCGAGGGUCACAAGUUGGACAAGAGGCACGAGCCCACAAAGUCCUGGGGGUCCAGGCUGCCACAUGCCUGCGCACUCCUUCCCCGCUGCUGCUCCUCCAGCUCCAUCUCUCCACCUUCGGCUCCUGGCCUUUCCUGGCCCAGGGGCCCGAGCUCUGAGUUCCAGACCUUUUCCGGGGCACUGUCCUGCUCCUCCUCGUCACCUCAGGGCAGUGGCCGUGGGCUCCUCCUCCAGCUGCUGCGGGCCUGGGCGAGCCGGGUCAGUGUCGCGGUGCCGACAGUGCAGUUCCCGCCCCGGGGUGGCAGCAGCAGGUGUAGUGCCCGCGGCACCCCAUGGAGGCUGGUGUGGGCGCCGCCUGGAGGCUGGUGUGGGCGCUGCCUGGAGGUUGCUGUGGCGCCCCCUGGAGGUUACUGUGGCGCUCUUUGGUGCCCAGCGCCCAGACUGGGUCUUCCCGGCUGCGUCGCUGCUGCCCCCUACCGGGGUGGCGGGGCCAGGGUUCCACGCGGCUUCAUCUUGAUUUGCCUUCGCUCCUCCCGGAAGUCAGCGGUGCCGCCCCGGAGGCUGCUGCUGUCCAGGUCGCCAUAUUCCCCGCGGGACCGGCUGGGCUCUGGCCUCAGGCCGCCCACCCCGCUCCAGCCGCCGCCGCCUCUGCCUCGCAGCUGCGAGAAGAGGAGAUGGAGCGACCUCCAGGCACCGGGAGGCCGCGGCUCCCACAGCAACCGGCGGGACUGAGGAGAAAGACGCCGGGAAGCGGAAGGUUCUCGCCGGCCCGAGGGUCGCUUUGGGCUGCACCCCUUGGUUCCUGCCUGCGAGCAGCUGCUGGGACCCUCCCUGCCAAGUUGCUCCCCGAAAAGCUCCAGGGCUCUCGGGUCUGCAGGGAGGGACACUUUCCCCCUCACUGUGAGUCUGCAAACUCGGAGCCGGGCGGACCGCGAGGUCAGGAGAUUGAGACCAGCCUGGCUAACGCGGUGAAACCCGCCUCUACUAAAAAUGCAAAAACCAGCCAGGCGUGGUGGCACACACCGGUGGUCCCAGCUACUCAGAAGGCUGAGGCCGGAGAAUCGCUUGAACCCGGGAAGUGAAGGUUGCAGUGAGCCGAGGUCGCACCACUAAACUUCAGCCUCGGCGACAGAAUGAGACUCCGUCUCAAAAAAAAAGACACAGCCGCUGCUCCAGACACCGCAGGCCAGCCCCGGCGCCUUCCUGGGUAUCUCAGCCCUGGUGCACAACUUCUGUGCUUCUCUGGAUGGGCCCUGUGGGCAGCUGCCUGGAGUCGGCUCCCUAGUGAGCAUCCUGGGAGAGGCCUUGGGUGAGAACUGUACCUUCCGGGAGCCCUCAGAAACUGACAAGGUGAGGACAUCCAGUGACCUGGGUAUCGGGUCCAGUUCUCCCAUUGGGGCUCAGGCCAAGCAGGAAAGCCCCAGGUGGAGAGGGUGGGGUAGGUUCCCCCUUUCCCCCCAUUCUCUCCUUUCCCCCUUGCCCCCCCCAUUUCCCCCUGGAUGGAUAAUGGGUGUGUGGAUGGAUGGGUGGGGGUGGGUACCUGGCUAUGGAAGAAGCCAAUAGGUAUUGAGGGAGUCACAGUAUGGGGAGGUGGCUUGCUUAGGAAGGGGCCCAGGAACACCAAGACAUUUAAAGACUGUCCAUGUGGCAAGACACUCUGCUGUUUUGUAAAUCAUUUUAUUGGAAUGUAGCCACGCCUUCCCCCCAUUUCCCCCAUUUCUCCC